AUGUGCUUCUCGCUUGGGAGUGUGGCAAAUGCGAUCGCGCGAAUCGGAUGGGGAUAUUUAUCGGAUAAGACGAGCUUUCAGCUAACAAUUGCUCUCGCUUGUUGUUCGGCCACAAUUCUUCUCCUCUCGAUGCCACUCACGCAACAUUUAGGCAAAUACGCGUUUCUACUCUGGUUGGUUCUUUUGUUCAUUUGUAUGGCCGCCACGCACGCGCUCUUCAUCACAGCCGCCGUGAAAUGCUUUGGCCCCAAGUACAAAGGGCCAAAUUAUGGAUUGCUCAUCCUGUCAACAACUCUCUCCGGCAGUGUCCUGUCGAUCGCUUCCCAAUAUUGGCUACCCGAGAUCGGCUACAGUUGGGCUUUCAUCAUCACGGCGUGCUUUCCGUUUUGUGCUUUCAUCUUGACAUCGACGAUUCAAGUGACACGACACGGACAUUAUAUUUGU